UGGCAGUACAAGGCUGUCCAUGUUCCCUGUGCCCGCCUGCUCAUGCUGCUCCCGGUCAUUGUGGUCAGGGGCACGGAGUCACGAGCAGAGACAAGCAGGGGCAUGGCUGUCCAUGUUUUCUGCGCCUGCUCUUCCUGCUCUUCCUGCUCUUCCUGCUCUUCCUGCUCUUCCUGCUCUUCCUGCUCUUCCUGCUCUUCCUGCUCUUCCUGCUCUUCCUGCUCUUUCUGCUCUUCCUGUUCCCGGUCAUUGUAUGUGUGCGUGCUCCUGGAGGGCUACCCCGUUCCAUAUCAUGCCAGUGGCACGCAGCAUGCCAGUGGCGCGCACCAUGCCAGUGGCGCAUCAUGCCAGUGGCGCAUCAUGCCAGUGGCGCGCAUCAUGCCACGCAGUGGUAGCUUGCACGCCAGAGCCAAACAGCUGUGUCCCGCCCGGCAGCUCCUCUGAUGGUCACCUUUUUCCGCAAUGCACACCACCUGCCGCCUCUACUCGCCUCCUCCACGUUAGUGGUUCUGUAUUCACCUCUCUUCGCUUUCUCUCCCGCUCUUCGCUCGCUACUCCUCUCUCCACUCUCUCCCCCAGGUGAGAGGGUCAGAUGCCUCCAAUCUAGCGCACACGGGGGAGGCUCAUCGGGACAUCCAACAGCCCCAGUUUCUUAUUCUCCUCUCUCUUUCCCCUCUCCCACUUCUCACCUCUUCCCGCAGAUCAGAGGGUCAGAUGCAGCGAAUCUUGGGCGCACCAGAGAAGCCCAGAGGGACAUCUGGCAGCACCAGUUCCCCCCCGGCAACUGCAGCGGGGAGAGGCUGCUGGUGGUGGACUGGCCGGCCUCCCAGCACGGCAUGGGUUCGCAGCUGCACAUCCUCAGCGCUGUCUUGAGCCUGGCUAUGAGGCACGACAGGGUCCUGGUCCCUACAGCCACUUUUGAGAGGGCGAACCACGCUGAAUGCAACGCCACCGGCGCCCUCUCCUCCUUCCACUGCUACUUCUUCCCGCUCGUCUCGCCAGCCUGCGAGAAGGCAGCAGCAGAGGCGGCAGCAGCAGGGCAGGUGCCCGCAUGUGCACCGCAGGAGGAGGUGGCGAGGGAUGCGGUGCUGGCGAGUGACAGCCGCGUGGCAUGCUUCCAUGGGGAGCCUUAUAACGGGCUGGCGCUGGAGGCACUAGUUGUCAAGCGGUGGUGGGGCGUGUGGUACGAGCGAUCAAUCACAGUGGAGGUGCAGGGCAAGAUGGCAGGCGAGGUGGAUGUCAUGCCGCAUGUGCACUGGUGGCGGGCUCAGUCCCUUCGCUUCAUGCUGCGUUGGCCCUCCCCUUACCUCUGCCACCUCUCCAACCGCCUGCGCCACACCUCCCUCUCGCUCUCCAUCGCCACCCGCCUCUCCUCCUCCUCCGCCCUCCACUCGUCCCUCCUGCGCUCGCACCCCCACCUGCUGGACAAGCUGCUCAGGAAUGCCCCGCCCUGCCAUGCUGCUGCUGCUGGCAGCGUGGGAGGUGAUGGGGCAAUCAGCAGCAGGAAGAGGCUCGGUGGGGACAUGGGCGUUGCAAGUGCUGUGGAUAAUACGAGUGCAGUUGCCCAAGGCAUAACAGACAGAGGAGGCAGCAGUGCUGCAGAAGCGACAGAAGCGUUUAGCAUACCCCGUAGCAGCAGCGAUGCAAGCAGAGUGUUCCCAUCCCAGCAGCACGUGCAGCAGGGGUGCACCCUAGAGGCCACUGCGUGGGCGAGGCAGGGGCUGGGGCUCUGCUCUGCCAGCAACAUGGCUUGCAGCAACAGUGGUGACAGCGGCAGCAGCAGCAAAAGCAGCAGCAGCAGUAGUGGCAACGGCAGCAGCAACUCCGAGCUACCAGGUCAUCUGGCAGGAGGAGUGGCUGAGGGACAAGAGUCUCGCAGCAAGUGGGGCAUGGAGGGAGCAUGGGAGGCGUACCUGCCGCGGCCCAUAGUGAGUGUGCACGUGCGGCAGGGCGACAAGGGCAGUGAGAUGGCGCUGCACUCCCUGCCAGCGCACAUGUGGAUGGCGUACCGCCUCAGAGGGCUGAACCCAGACCUGCGGCAUGUGUGGCUCUCCUCUGAAAUGCAGACGGUGAUUGACCAAGCAUCCAGAUUUCGAGACUGGACAUUUCUUCACUCCAACAAUGUGCGCACCAACACCACGGCACGCCACUGGGAUGUGGAGGAGAGCGCAGAGAGGCAUGUGGUGGUGGGCACAAGCUUUGCAGAGCUCAUCAUUGCAUCGCAAUGUGACUUUUUCAUUGGGGCUUUGGGUUCAAACUGGGUGAGAAUGAUAAAUGAAUUGCGCUCCACGAAUGGGAGGCUGUUGAAUGGAUUUAUUGCCAUGAAUCUCAAGGAGUUUUAGCACCAUUUACUAUCCACCAUGAAAGGCUGGUGCACCUUGGUGCACCAAGACUGUUUACUGUCAAAUUCUUGUACAGAAGCGUGAGUUCCCUGGAUGCCUCCGUUGGCUUAUUGCUCUGCAUCUGUCCUCUCGGACUUGGGACACAAGGUCGGCGGCUCUACACCAAUAGCAACACCGAGUCUUCAGCUACAGCUCCCCUUAUUACGGUACAAUUGGCAUUCAAUCGUCCUCCAGAAUUUCCCCCUUUCCCACUCGGGUUUUGGCUUCCAUGGC